AUGCUCUAUGCCUUGGAUCUCGACGCCGAUAUCAGACUGGGAGGAAAGGCAGGAGGAGCGAGCCAGAGGAGGCGAUUUUUCCUUUACACCGCUUUUGCGAAAUUCUGUGGAUGCGCACACUACGCGAGUCUUCAUUCCGAUAUGAGUGGCUGUAAUACUUUGCGAUGCCAGAAAAGUCAAUUAACAAGCCCUAGACCAGCUCGCGGAGCCCACCACAGAAGACCCACAGAAGGCGAGCCAAAGUACACUGAUGAAACUCUGGACGCCUUAAAGGAGGCAAAAAAUCUGCUAAUACGCAUGGAAGCCAUAAGGCUUAAGUUGGUAACUUCCAAAGUCGGACUUUCAGGCGGAGGCCACCUGACCUGGAGGCCGGAGCUACCUACAAUACCAAUGCGUACCUUUGAUGGGAAUUUUAGCGAAUUUGGAAUCUGGGCCUUAUUUCGCGCAAGCAAAAAAGUCCAAAAAUUGGGCGGCUCACAAAAGUUUAGCUAUCUUUUACAAGUCCUGAAGGGUAGCGCCGAAAACGCAAUACGGAGGUAUUCCAUCACAGAGGAGAGCUAUAAAGCAGCGCUUGAACUGUUGCAUCUCAAAUAUGGCGAUAAAGCAAAAUUGAGACGAGUGGAAACAGCAACAGCCAAAAACAAUCAAAUAAGCGAGCAACGUAAUCUGCUCGAGUAUCUUGAUAUCCCUGACAGCACAGCUGAGACAACAGGGAGUCACCCUCAAGGGAUCUUUUAUUUCGCAAAAAAUACUAGCGAAAUUCAAGGUCGACUUGCAGCGAAGACAACUCAGGCAAAGAUCUGUCAGAAUCAUGAAGAGGAUAGUCGGACGGUGGAAGAUCUUUUGAGUGAGCUGGAUGUACUGAUAAAAACCGAAGAAAGGCUUGCUUAA